CAUGUAUCUCAUACAUGUGCCGAUACAAAUCACAGUGUAAACGCACCUUAAGAUGAAUACGGGCACAGAAUUCGCUGUUGGAUAGCAUUAAAUUGCGUGAUGUGCGACUGUGUGAAAUUGUAGCACUUCGUAUUUAAAACAAAUAGGACUACAGGCUCUUAAAUAAAUGAAUUACUUAAUCAUGUAAUAGUACGCAGAUGUUGCAUAGUCAUCGCAUCACAACUUGGCUUCACAGUCGGAAUGAACAGUUGAAACAUAAAAAUGCAGUUGCGCAAAUAACGAUGGAUACAGGGCAGGCAAUGGCAGCGGCAAACAUACUCCAUGAUAUCGAUGUUCCUGUAAAGAAGGCAACGUUUGGAAUGGGCUGUUUUUGGGGCCCUGACACCCUCUAUGGUACACUGAAAGGUGUUAUAAGAACAAGAGUGGGAUAUUCUGGAGGCACAAAAAUAAACCCCACAUAUAGAGAUCUUGGAGAUCACACAGAGUGUAUUGAUAUUGACUAUGACCCAAAUGAAAUUUCCUUUGAAAAAUUACUUGAAGAGUUUUGGAAAAACCAUGAUCCUACUUACAGAGCCACGAAACAGUAUACAUCCUUAAUAUUUUAUCAUGAUGAUGAUCAAAAGCAGACAGCUGAGAAAAGUUUUAAAGAAGAGGAAGAGAAGAAAGGCAAGAAGGGCAAAUUUGUCACCAAAAUAUUACCAGCAGCAGAGUUUUAUAAUGCAGAGGACUAUCAUCAGAAAUACCGCCUGCAGCAGCACACACAGCUCGUACAGUGGUUGGGUCUGACAUCUGGCAAGAAGCUCAUAAGUUCACAUGCUGCUGCACGUAUCAAUGGGUAUGUAGUAGGAAUGGGUGGUGUGCAAAUGUUUGAGGAGGAUAUCAGUAGGCUUGGGCUUACACCUGAAAUAGCAGACUAUGUGCGGAAGUGGGUUACAAAAUAUGAAGGACAUGGCAUGAUUUGUUGAAUAUUCACCAGUGUAUCAGUCACUAUUGCUGAGUAUGAUCUACUGUUUGAGGCCUAGAAUUGGUUGUGGAGUUGGUCCACAGCCUUCACACGUACAUGUAGAGGGGGGUAGGGAGGGAGAGGGCGAGAGAUGGAGAG